AUGGUCCACUACAAACUGACCUACUUCUUAUCGCGUGGUCUUGCUGAUGUCUCCCGUCAACUGUUUCAUUUGGCUGGUGUUGAAUUCGAGGAUGAACGAUUGAAUCAAGAUCAAUUUCUGAAGAGAAAAGAGAGUUUCCCAUUCAAACAAGUGCCAGUUUUGACGGUUGAUGGUUUGGAGAUUCCACAGUCGAUGGCCAUUGCCAGAUACUUGGCAACGAAGUUUGGAUUCGCUGGGAAGACCCCAGAAGAAUCUGCGCUCGUCGACGCAUUCGUUGAUCAAUUCAAGGAUUUCUAUGCGGAAAUCCACGAUUACUUCUAUACAAUGCUUGGAUUCACUCAAUUAGAUGGAGAACAGCAAAAAGAGAAAGUGCUGAUUCCGGCAAGAGACAAGUUUUUGCCCCUUUUGGCCAAGUUCUUGGCAAAGAGCAAGUCUGGAUUUUUAGUGGAUUCAGGGAUCACUUUCGCUGAUUUGAUUAUUGUUGAUGAUAUGACAACUUUGAUUAAUUGGUGGCCACAGUAUGCUGAAGGGUAUCCGGAGAUUCUCGCGUGGCGUGAGCGUGUAAUGAACUACCCAAAACUGAAGGAGUAUAUUGAGAAGAGACCAGUCACCAUGGCUUAA